CAACCACAACCACAACAACAACCACAGCUACACCAGAUAAGUCUGCGAUCAGUGUGACAUUGCAGGGUAACUUUGAUACUAGUUUAAAUGAUCCAACAAGUGAAAGGUUUCGAAAUUUGAAGAACAGUAUACAAAAUGCAAUCGGCAGAAGUUAUGAAAAUGUACCUGGUUUUAGAUCUGUAAUUGUAACAGGAUUCAGGCAAGGUAGUAUAAUAGCUGACAUAAACAUUAUUCAUACCAAUCUCGACUGGGCCCAGAUAAAUCAACAAAAUAAUGACCUCUCUAAUGAACUGAAAAAAGAGGGAUAUGAUGUUGCUGAAUUUGUUUCUGAAAGUGUAAGGUUCAAGAUUCUUCAAGGGGAGGUUCACUCAGGAGAUGUUUCCAUGGAAUUAAGAUGCCCUGAAUCAAAUGAAGCUGUAGAUGGCCCAGAAUGGAGAAUUGACGGAAAGAAAGUCUCUGGACUCAGCCCAGACAAAUAUGAAAUUUUAUCCAGCCGCAGACUGAAAGUAAAACGUGUUGUCCUUGGUGACCAGGGUCGUUACGAGUGCAGAUAUAACAGAGCCUCAAAACCAACCCUUAUUUAUUGGAGCAGUGUAACAAUCAAACCAAAUCCUGUGAUUACACUGAAUUUUAUCGAAAAACGGGUUGCUUGUGAAGAAAGUGUUAAUCUGAAAUGCUGUGUGGCAGACACAUAUCAAGUCAAACUGACUUUUGGACAAAAAGAUCUUGAAACACAAGGAAAGUGUGCUGAACAUCUAUAUAAGACGAAACCUGAGGAAUGUGGCAAUAAACUAACAUUUACAUGCCAACUUGACCGCCCAAACAGGGAACAAACUAUGACACUGAAUGUUCGUGAACAAAGUCAAGUUGUUACAACUUGUCCAGAGGAUGAAGACCAAGGGUUAGGAAAUGGUGUCGAAGGAGAGGAGGCAAAAAGUGUCUGUGGUGAAGGGAAAGUCGGUGAAAUACUGUACAAAUGUGAGGGGAGUGUAUGGGUCCCCAAGCAAGACGACUGUGUCUUAGAAGAAAUCCAAAACUUGGAAGAAGAAUCACAGAACCUAAAUGGAGGGGAUGUUUCAAACUUUGUUCAGGGGCUCAGUAACGCCACACAGCAAAAUAAUGAUGACAUUGUUACUUCACCAGCAACUACUGCAUCUAUUGUGAACAUACUUCGCAAUGUUGCAACAGCCUCCAGUCUAAUCACAGUGGACCAGGAGGUUAUGGGGGAUUUCCUUGACACUGUGAAUGUCAUUGUCUCCCCAAGUGCGAAUAAUGUCUGGAGUAACUUAAAUAGUGAUCCUGAUGAAACUCGUGUAAGUGCCAGCUCCAACUUGUUGCUCGCUGUGGAAAGGAUGUCGGGUGCGCUCAGAGAAGAAGACACAUUUCAGAUUUCGACAGAAAGCCUUUCUUUGAGAAAAUCUGUGGUGACUGCAGCCAGUAAUAUGCUCACAACAAAUUCAUCUGAAAUUGAAAUCACUCUAACACAGCGAUCUGCGACGAACACCUCAGUUACGGUCAUUGAAUUUUUUACCCUUAAUAAUAUAAUGUCCAACAGAAACUCAGAAGAAGGUAACAUAAAUUCCACAGAUUCCAUAAAUUCAAUAAAUGGCAAUGUUCUUUUGGUCAAUACAAGUCGAACAGUUGAAAACAUUACUCUGACAUUCAAGAAAAACGACAGUGACUUGGCAAACCCACUGUGUGUAUUCUGGAACUUUGAACUUUUCAACAAUACCGGUGGAUGGGAUACAUUUGGGUGUGAGCCGAAGUUCGAUGUAAAUUCAACAGUCACAUGUGAGUGUAAUCAUACAACUUCCUUCUCCGUUCUCAUGUCACCAUAUAUACCACCUGAAGCCAAAAGGGCCCUGGAUAUCAUCACAUAUGUUGGAGUUGGAAUAUCAAUCGCCAGCUUGAUAAUCGCCCUAAUAAUUGAGAUGAUAGUUUGGCGUGCCAUGACAACGAAUGACACGGCGUACAUGCGACACGUCUGCAUUGUUAAUAUUGCUGUGUCCCUCCUGAUUGCUGACAUCUGGUUCAUCGUGGGAGCAGCCGUGUCGAAUAAAAAUGGUGCAGCCUUGGGGCCCUGCACAGCAGCCACGUUUUUUGCCCACUUCUUUUACCUGGCUAUGUUCUUUUGGAUGCUAAUGUCCGCUCUACUGCUCCUGUACCGCAUUGUGUGGGUUUUCUCGAACAUCUCCAGGUUGGCCAUGAUGCUAAUUGGCUUCUUUAUCGGCUACGGCGGCCCUCUCAUUACGGCAGUGGUAACUGUGGCAUCGACAGCUGGACAGAAAGGCUACAUCACGUCGUAUGGCACAUGCUGGCUCAACUGGGAAAAGACCAAAGCUCUGCUGGCCUUUGUGAUCCCUGCCUUGGUCAUUGUGGCCAUCAACUUGUGUGUCAUGAUGGUGGUCCUGGUCAAGAUGCUGAGAAGAGGCGUGGGAAACACUGUACAAAAUGAAGAAACACACAACCUAAGGGUCAUCGCAAAAUGUGUGGCCGUAUUAACUCCACUGUUUGGUAUUACCUGGGGAUUUGGCAUUGGCAUCAUGAUCAGCCCAGAGAGCUUUGGACUCCAUGUUGUCUUUGCAUUGCUAAAUUCUUUACAGGGUUUCUUCAUUUUAGUGUUUGGGAUCCUCUUGGACAGUAAGAUUCGAGAAACUCUAGCUGGAACAUCAUCACCGGACUCCAGAUCAGGGCAAACGAGAAGCACAAGUGGAGGAGUGUCAUCUUCUACUGGAAUGCGCAUCUUUCAACGGUUUAGAAAGAAAAAGGGAUACAACGUUGCUGGCAUGUCAAACUACUCCACCUCUUCAGAUUCUUCUUCUGCCAAUGCCUAACAGUUUGCUGCCUUUCACUCUGUUGAAAGUUGCUUGGCAGUUUCAUCUACUAAUUGAAAAUGGAAAAUAUUUAUUGAACUAGAUGUACCGCAUAGCGGUACAAAAUGUGACCGCCGCUCAGUCCUGUACAUCCGUUCC